CCCUCUCCUUUCCCCUCCCUUCUUCUAACCUGACCCCGCCUCCGGCUCAGUUCCUCCCUCCCUGGGAAGUCCCUACUGGCAAAGCUGCUUUCACUUUCCCUUCCCCCUAGCUCCUGUCUCGCUGCUCGUUCUGGUCCUUAACCCCCCUGCAAUGGCCAAUCUUAGUGUUAAACCUGAAGCCCAAGCCAAGGUGGAUUUUUUCAGGAAGGAGUUAUGUACUCAGGCAGAGAUACUACUUGCAACCUAUUUCCCUGCGAAAAUUUCAGAGCUGGAUGAGUUCUUGAAGGACCCAUCUCUGAAUGAGGCUGAUUUGAGUCUUCUGAAGGCCCCCUUGGAUAUCCCAGUUCCUGACCCAGCCAAAGAAAAAGAGAAGGAAGAACGUCGGAAACAAGAAGAGAAGGAUGAUAAGGAUGGAAAGAAAAAAGAGGAAGAUGAAGAUAAAGGUCCUCCUUGUGGGCCUGUAAGCUGCAAUGAUAAGAUUGUGACCCUUAUAUCUCGGUUGAAGCCUGAGAUCAAAGAUGUGAAAGAACAGCUCAACCUGGUUUCCAUGUGGCUGCAGCUACAAGUGCCCCGAAUUGAAGAUGGAAACAAUUUUGGAGUAGCUGUCCAGGAGAAGGUAUUUGAGCUGAUGACUACACUCCGAACUAAACUGGAUGGCUUCCAAACCCAGAUUUCAAAAUACUUCUCUGAAAGGGGUGAUGCAGUGGCUAAAGCAGCAAAGCAGCCCCAUGUGGGUGACUACCGACAGCUGGUUCAUGAACUGGAUGAAGCACAGUAUGGAGAGACAAGAUUGAUGGUCAUGGAGAUCCGAAAUACUUAUGCUGUAUUAUAUGACAUCAUCCUGAAGAACUUUGAGAAGAUCAAGAAGCCCAGGGGAGACACAAAAGGAAUGAUCUACUGAAAAACAGAGCCUGCCUGCCUUCUCCAUUGCUCCUUAACUAGGAUUAUCUGUUUUGCCACAGAUCAGCUUCCAUUUAGAACUUCCCAUCUCAUCCAUACCUUGCCUUCUGGGCACCAAUAAAUUUUGUCACAUCA